AUGACAACCAGCGGUGCUCGCAGACCCUGUGGCGUUCAAACCAAAACUUAUCAUAAAUUGAAGAAACAAUAUAAUAGAAACAUGAAAGCAAUGAAGAAAUUUCGUAUACAACAAGAACGACCUAAAGAACAAGAAGGAAAGGACCAGAAAUUUCAGAAGAAAUUUGUAAUCAAACUUCCUCAAAGUAAUCAUCAAGAAGCGAGAGCUGUUUACAUUGCCAAAAUUUUUGUUCAACAACAUCAAUACUUUCUGUACGUUGGUGCUACUGGUGAUUGGAACACGAGAAAAAAGUGUCAUUUACGAUCUGGUAGAAAAAAAGCAUCAGCAAUGCGUGAAUGUAUCAGAAGAGCUAUAUUCAUAGAGUUCUAUCUAGUUGGCAAAUAUAGAGAUUUCAAGAGGGCUGAGAAUAAGCUGAUAGCGAUUGCUUUACGCACACACCCCAAUUUAAUUUUGAACAGAAAUUUUAAUUGUUACUAA